AAUGAAAAAAAAAGUAGAAAAUAAGCCUGUCAGACGUCCAUCAUCGCCCACCCCGGCCGCGCGCCCAAAGGCAAGACCGCGGCGAAUCAGGGUUGAGAUCAUCACCACUCUCUAUACAGCACACCAUAAGGGUACCGCCAUCCUUGCGGACAGAUCGAGAGUAAGGAGCGCGAGGACCAGAAGUCCAAGUGCUCCCGAAAUUGAUUUUUCACUCUAGGGCGACGGGGAUAUCAUUCAUCAACCAGGGUGGGAUCUGUGGCUCCUGUAGGGAACACAGAGUAGGACGAAUACUAUAGAAAUGAUUCUCUGAAGU